UAGUUUCGCUAGCAAAAUCCCUGCGAGCUGUGUUGUUGUUUUCAUUCGAGAAUGGCGGCCUCCAAGAAGGGGAAGAAAGUCGUGAAUCAAGAGGAGCUUCGGCGCCUCAUGAGGGCAAAACAAAGGCAAACAACGGACAAGAAGCGAGUGGAGUCUCCUUUCGCUAAAUACAACAGUCUCGACCACCUGAGCUGCGUCCUGUGCAAUGUGCAGGUGAAGUCAGAACUCGUGUGGCCAGCUCAUGUGCUGGGAAAGCAACAUAAAGAGAAGGUGGCCGAGCUGAAGGGAGCGAAAUCUCAGCCGGUGGCACCACAGGGUCAACCACUGAAGAGGAAAACACAGGAGAGUGAAGACAUUCAGGGGAAAAGGGCGAAACCUUCGUCUAGUGCGGGCCAAUCUUCAUCAGAGCUGCCGGGAGACUUUUUUGAGAAACCCAGCGAAAAGGAAGCAUCCACUAUCAAGAAGUCUGCAGGUCUGAGCCUUUUAGCCGGAGUUUAUAAUGAUGAAGAAGAUGCAGAAGAAGAUGCACAAGAGGCGGGCAUCGCAGAUCCCCCUCCAGUGGGAUUACCAAGCGAUUUCUUUGACAGCUCCGUCCCAUCCACACCCAGCAUUUCCCACUCGGGAUCCAUCCUCAAAGCAGACGAGCAGGAGAAAAGCACGGAGAAGAAAGACAACACCGCCGAGGCGCUGCCAGAGGGAUUCUUCGACGACCCCGUGAGAGAUGCCAAAGUGCGCAAAGUCGACGCGCCCAAAGAUCAGAUGGACAAGGAGUGGGAAGAGUUUCAAAAGGAGAUUCGGCAGGUGAACACGAAGUCAGACGCCAUCGUGGCGGAGGACGACGAGGAGGGUCGCCUCGAACGUCAGAUCGACGAAAUCGACGAGCAAAUUCAGUGUUACAAGAGAGUUGAAAUACUGAGAGACAAGAGGGACGUGGCGAAGAGCAAGUCCCUGCCCAGGAAAGAGGAACACAUGGAAGUAGAUGCCAGCAAUGAGGAUGACGAGGAGGAGCUGCUGGGACUUCUGUCCGGAGACUGGAGGGCUAAAGGAGCACUGGCCUGAAGGUUUUGCCACAAGUUGGUCCAGAAUGCAAAUAAAAUACAGUCCUCAGGGACGGAUGACUCCCACAAUACAAAAACUGUAAAUGUUUGUAAGGAGAACUUCAGCGGCUCUUUUUUGUAUGUUUCAGACUGGAUUCAUUUCUGUGUUGUGAUGUUAAACAGGCUUGUAAAAAAAAUAUUGUUUAUAUGAUGAUUUAAUACACCAGACAUACCACAAAUGAAA